AUGCAGUAUCCUAGAGCAUCAGAAGAGCGUGUCCCAUUGUCAGCUCACCAUGUUGCUGCCUCUACGUUCUCUACUGGGCUCCUUGUUGAUACCAACCUGGACACUUCCAUCCCUGAUGCUUAUAGGCCCCCUCCAACACCCAUGCCAUUUGAUGUUGUUAUAGGGCGUCCACAAACUCCUCCCGGAGCUCAAGAAACUUGUGAUAAUAAGAGUGAUGGAACACUCCAAACUGCAAACUCUGAUUCCGUUCAAGAAUCAGCCAGUGCUGGUACUCAAGAUGCAUCUGUUAAGUGUGACGAUGUCAAGGAUUCAGAUAAAACAAAAGCAGGCUUAGAAAUUGAACCGGUAGAGGAGUUAGAGGUAGAGAUUACCAAGCCAGUUGAGCCUUUUGUUCCGCCUACAGAGGAGGACUGUUGUCCCACAUGUCUGGAAGAGUACGAUGAUGAAAACCCGAGAAUCAUCACCAAAUGCGAGCAUCAUUUUCACCUGGCGUGCAUUUUCGAGUGGAUGGAAAGAAGUGACACAUGUCCCGUUUGUGAUAAGGAAAUGAUCUUCGAUCCUCCUAAUGAUUAGCAAAGCUGUACAGAAUACUUGGAUAAAGGGCCCGACAAGUUAGAUGUUUUUUCACCCGAGUCUGAGAAUACAAGUGUUGCAAAUGCAUAGAAGUCUGUUUUUGUCUUUUGUUUGUUUAUUGUCCUGUGAUUGCGGCAGAUAUCGGGCUGCAGCUGUUUCUUUCUUUUGCUCUGAUCAUUCUCGGCUCAGUGUUGAGCUCAGUAUUGUCUUUCUCAGUCAAUGAUGGAGUAGUUUGAAUAGACGCUAGGAAGGUUGAUUGGUCGAGGGGAAAAUAAGAGAAAUCAGGAUAGCCGAAGAGUCUGGCCAUUGUUCAAUGUGCGAAGGCCGCGACCUCUGGUCCAUAAUUUGGUUUGUAGAAUCAUACCAUAAGUAUAGGAUACAGAAUGUCUUCAGCUUUUGCAUGGGUUUGGGUACUUGUGUCGUUAGUUAUUCAGCCACAUUGCUCUUCCAUAUGAUUACUUGCUAGAUUAAUUAUGCCUUGGUGCUCUCUUAUGCAUUCAGAUAGGAGUAGAAGUCAGCAAUUGCUUCUAAACAGAUAAAAAAAAUGGUGGUUCUGUAGAAGGGUACAUAUUGUGCAAUUUGAAGGUAGAGUGUGUUAUUUUUCUUUUCUUUUUCCAUUUUCGCUGUAAAUAAUACGCAUUUUGUGUUCAGGAUUUUAGUAUACAGGUAGCUCUCUGCGCAGCAUGAUAGACAUUAUUUGCCUUCAGUUGAAAUUUAGCCUUCUUUUACAUUGACUUAUUACUCUGUAAAUUCAUUUAACCCCUUGAGACAUUAUUGUUUGUUUUGUCCUUGUGUCAUCUGCUGUUACAUUUUUAACUGGAAAUCUACAGAAACUAUAGAAUGC